AUGUUCGUCUGUCGUCUGUGCAGAUCCAUCUCAACCAUCGCAGCUGAGCUCCCAGUGGCUGACGGCACCCCUCUCAGAGUCGCGAAGAAACUUUUCUUGACAUCUUGCCUUCUCAAAACGUUUCGCUGCAAUCAUGGGGGUGGCGCAAAGAGCGCAGCUGUGUUGUGUCGCGCGUCGGUGCGCACCCCUCACCUUUUACCGCUUGUGGCUCUCCGUGCGUCCUUUCUGUCUUCCUUCGGGUCCAUCGUGACGACAGCCAAGGCGAGCAGGAUGCGAGCUAAGAAGGAAGGCUGCAGUGGGAGCGCAAGCCAGUCGCACAAAGGCUUGUCCAGUGACCGAAUUCUCUCUCGGCCGACGACGGCCUACCAGGAUCAGAAACCUGGAACAUCCGGUCUUCGCAAGAAAACAAAGGUUUUCAUGCAGAAAGACUACCUCGCAAACUUUGCCCAGAGUGUCUUCGACUGCCUUCCCGAGGAAGAGAAGAAAGGUGGAACGUUGCUCGUCAGUGGAGAUGGCCGCUACUUCUCUCAUGAGGCAAUCUACGAGAUCUGCGCGAUCGCUGCUGGAAACGGCGUCGGCCGUGUAUGGAUUGGACUGAACGGCCUGGCGUCGACGCCUGCCUGCAGCGCAAUCAUUCGCGGUCGCGAGAAUGGAGUUUGCUUCGGCGGCUUCCUGCUCACAGCCUCGCACAAUCCUGGAGGCAUCGACGAGGAUUUCGGGGUCAAGUACGACACCGGCAACGGAGCCCCUGGAAACGAGGUAUUGAUGAACCAAGUGUGGGAGAAAUCCAAGAAGCUCGCGACCAUCAAAUACGCAGAACUGCCGAAGUUCUCCCUCGACAAACUCGGCGUGCAAGUCAACCUGGACGGCGCGUUCCAGGUUGAAGUCAUUGACCCCAUCGAGGACUGGAUGCACUUGAUGAAGGAGGCGUUUCACUUUCCUGCUAUCAGACGACUCCUGGCGCUUCCUUACUUCUCCUUCGUGUAUGACGCCAUGCACGGCGUCUCGGGUCCGUACGCAGAGAAACUGUUCCUCGAGGAGCUCGGAGCAAAGCCGGAAAGUCUGAUGCGACAGGUUCCCCUGCCGGAUUUCGGCGGUCACCACCCUGAUCCGAAUCUGACUUACGCAGCAGAGCUGGUUGCGAAAAUGAAGGUUUUUCACCCAGACCAAAUCGACGCAUCGACGCCUCUUUUCGGGGCAGCAGGAGACGGAGACUGCGAUCGCAACAUGAUUCUCGGGCGCGGCUUCUUCGUGACGCCGUCAGAUAGCGUUGCCCUCAUCGCUCUCUACGCUGAGAAGUGCCUUCCGUUUUUCUUCGUCGAUAAGGCGACCGGCAAGGGAGGUUUGACGGGUUUGGCGCGCUCGAUGCCGACCUCGCGUGCUCUGGACAACGUGGCUAAGAAACUCAACAAAGACGUCUACGAAACGCCUACAGGAUGGAAGUACUUCACGAACCUGAUGGAUGCGAACCGAAUCAGCAUCUGCGGGGAGGAGUCGUUCGGAACCGGAAGCGUCCAUGUGAGAGAGAAGGACGGCCUGUGGGCGAUCCUGUGCUGGCUUUCGAUUCUCGCCUACCGCAACGGAUGCAUGGCCGACGUGGAGAGGGAGCGCGCAGCGGCGAAGGCAGACAAACCUGUCGAUGUGUCCCCGCCGGCGACGAAGGAAGACUUUGUUUCCGUUCAACGCAUCGUCGAAGAAUUCUGGAAGGAGUACGGCAGGAACUUCUACUGCAGGUACGACUUCGAAAACAAAGACAGCACUGCCGCACACCAGAUGAUGCACGACUUGGAGGAGCUGUCCAAGAGCUCGCCGACAGAGAUCGUCGCCAAAGUCGCCUCUCACGUUGACGAGAAGCUGCUGAAAGAGAUGGAGAUUGAGUCGAUGGACUGGUUCAAGUAUACCGACCCUGUCGACCAGCAAGUCUCGGACCAUCAAGGCGUGCGCCUCUUCCUCAAGGGAGGCAGCCGCAUCAUCUGGAGACUCUCAGGGACGGGAAGCACCGGGGCGACCAUUCGGGUGUACAUGGAGCGCUACGAGUCUGAUUCGUCGAAGGUUUUGCAGGACGAGCGGACUGCGCUGAAAGAUAUCGCCACGUUUGCUCUCCAGUUCUGCGAUAUGAAGAAAUAUAUUGGCACUGAGGAACCGACCGUCAUUACGUAA